AUGUCAACAUAUAAAAAAGUUAGUUCACAAAUUGUAUCAUCUAAAAAUGUUGGUAUGGGUAGUACCUAUUUAAAAGAAAGAAAAGAUUUAAAUAAAAAUGAAGAUACAAAUAAAUUAAAAGAUGAAUUAAAUCAAAAGGAAUUAAAGUCACUUGAAAAGAAAGGUUUAUCAAAUACAGUUACUAUAGAGGAUGAUAAAGAUUUAAUAAAAUUAAAAAACCAAUUAAUUAAAGAAGAUGAAGAAGAAAAACAAGAGAAUUUAAAAAAAAGAAAAGGUAUCGAUGAUGAUGAUACUGACAGUUCAGAAGACGAAAGUGAAAGUGAUAACGAAUCUUCAAAGCAUAGAAAUAAAAUAAACAAAUUUAAUAAUGACACCAAUGGCAGCAAUAACGAUGAUAACAGCGAGUCAGAUGACAGUAACAACGACUCUGAUGAUUCAGAUGAUUCAGACGAUUCAGAUGAUGAAGAAGAGUUAAUGAGAGAAUUGGAAAAGAUUAAAAGAGAAAAAGCAGAGCAACAAAAGAAAAAAGAGGAAGAGAAAAUAAAAGAGUUGGAAAAAGAGCGUUUGGAAAGAGUGGCCCAUGGUAAUCCUUUAUUAAAUAAUAGUGGUGGUGGUAGUGGCGGUGGUGGUAACUAUUCAACCAAUAAAAGCUGGCUUGAUGAUGGUGUAUUUAAGAAUCAAGCAAGAGACGAACCAACUGUAAAGAAAAGAUUUAUUAACGAUACAACUAGAAACGAUUUUGCUAAAAAGUUUUUAUCAAAAUAUAUAAAAUAAUAAUAAAACAAACAAAAAUUAUUUAAAUUU